GUCACCUCCAUCCUACUUGUUGCGUGCAGCCAGAUGAACUGCAUCGCGUUUACAUCUGCAACCUGAGUCAACCCUUGCAUCUAUGCUAGUGUGAUAGACAUUCCCGCGUGGGAGUUCAACGCAAGAUGUCGACUCUGUCAGCUCUUCGAAACUGGGAGGCCGAAAACAACAUCAUCACCAUCGACCCUUCCCAGAAUGCUCUCUAUAGCCUACCAGAUCCCGAAGCCUACAAAGCCCUGCAAAAUGCUUCGCCAUGGAAAAAGGAUCCAAAUUACUUCACCAGUGUCCGGAUAUCCGCUCUCGCGCUGCUCAAGAUGACCACACAUGCACGUUCAGGCGGCAGCAUCGAGAUCAUGGGCUUGAUGACUGGCUACGUAUCCGGCCGGUCCCUCAUCAUCACAGACGCUUUCAGAUUGCCCGUCGAAGGAACAGAAACAAGAGUGAACGCUCAUGCAGAUGCAGACGAAUACAUGGUCAACUUUGGUAUCGCAUCAAGAGAAGGAGGAGGUCAACUUGAAAACCCAGUAGGAUGGUACCAUUCACAUCCAGGGUAUGGAUGCUGGCUGUCGGGUAUCGACGUGAACACACAGAUGACGCAUCAAAUGGUGGAAGAUCCGUUUGUCGCUGUGGUCAUCGACCCAGACCGAACAGUCAGUGCAGGCAAAGUCGAGAUUGGUGCUUUCAGAACGUAUCCCGAAGGACAGCGGCCUAAGGACAAGCAGUUCACCGACGACAGCGACGAAUUCCAAGCGAUUCCCACAGGCAAGAUUGAAGACUUUGGAGCUCACGCCAACUCCUACUACGCUUUAGAAGUGACUCACUACAAGUCAACUCUGGAUUCCCACCUGCUGGGUCUUCUCUGGAACAAAUACUGGACAUCCACAAUCUCCCAAUCUCCAUUGUUCACCAACAAGGAAUACACCAACAAGCAAAUUGCAGACCAUGCAGUCAAGACCCGAGAAGCUGUAAAGAAGCAACGUACAGGCGCGAGCAUGGGAAGACGAGGCCAAGAACUGGCAGGCGGCGGAGACAAGAACUUCAAGAUCGUCCGCGACGGCUCAUUAGAGCAGGUCGUUCGGGGAGGAAACAAGAUCGCUUCCGAAGAAGUGGCCGGACUACUAGCCAACGAUGUCAAGACGAAACUCUUCUGGGGUGUCGUGCAGGAAGCACAGAUCAAGGCUGCCGGCCAACAGGCCACGAAUGCUGCAGCUGGUGUUGCGGUCGCCAGUAACGGUGGCUGAAGAGCAAGAAACUCAACAGCAUCAAAGAU